GUCGGGGUUGUGCAUGCAUCCAGUGCGCAGCUAGAGAUACAGAACACUGGUAUGUCAUCUGCAGGUAUAAAAUCUGAUCACCAGCAGCUGCCAUAAAAAAUGAUUGGGUUGAAGUGCUAUUUCUCUCUGCCAGUGGUAGCAGGGGCUUUUUUUGUGGGUCUCCCUUAUAGCAUCUCUCUGGUUGCCCAGUGGCUUUAUGGCUGGCCCAAUAAACCUGGGUACCAAAAAUAUAUGGAGGCUCUCAAACCAAGGCGCAUAUACUGUUUGACAAGAGCCGUGCUAGAGAUGCUGAAGUAUCUUCAAUAUGGAAAACUGUACUUUCAGUGGAAGUUGUGGUACAAAGAUGACAAAAAUAGCAAGCACUAUGUGAAAGGUAUCACCUUUGGUCGGCGAGGCUACAAACUAGAUUUAUACUAUUCGCCAAGCAUGGACAAUUCUAAUGCUGCUCCUGUACCGGUGGUUAUAUUUGUGUAUGGAGGUGCGUGGGGCUCAGGAGAAAGAUCCAUUUAUUGUCUUUUAGCCCUACAAAUGGCAAAAGAGCUUAAUGCCUCUGUAAUUUGUCCGGAUUAUUCCAUAUAUCCAAAGGGAAAUGUUCUAAAUAUGGUUCAAGACAUUUGUGAUAGUUUGCUGUGGGUGAGAGAAAGGGGCCAAACAUUUAAUCUUGACAAAGACAACAUAGUUUUAAUGGGUCACUCUGCAGGGGCUCAUCUGUGUGCCCUUACCACGUUGUUUCUUGUGAACAGUGCAGAAGAGCUAUUCAUUGAGCUCCCCAAACAGAGAGAACUUGUAUCUGCCAUCAAAGGAAAUAUUGGUCUGAGUGGAGUAUACAAUAUAAUGGAUCAUUAUAAACAUGAGAAAAUGAGGGGUGUUGAAUAUGUGUCAACAAUGCACAAAGCUAUGGGUGGUCUGGAGAACUUUGAUUAUUACUCGCCAACAUCAUUAUUGAAGAAAUUGAAUGAGGAUCAGAUAAAACGAGUUCCACCAGUGGUAUUACUCCAUGGAACCAGUGACAUCAUAGUACCGGUGGAGUCAUCAGUGAGAUUGUCUGACCUCCUCACAUCUCUUUCUAUCAGGAUGUCUCUUCAUCUAAUACCUAAAAUGAACCAUACGGAGAUGGUCACUGAUCUUAUGGCACCAGACAGGCACUUUUACCACACUGUUUUUGGCUGUAUUAAACACGAGUAUAGUAAAUUUCAGGGUUAUGUGGCAUAAUAAUCUAUUCAUCAAGUAAUUUUAACAUUAGUGUUGUAAUGUUCAAUUUGCCAAACAUUAAUUAUUAUUUAGAGAUUUUUUUUAUAGUGGUAUUGUAAGUUUACAUUGAAAUGUUUAAUUUUCAGCCCGAUGUUUACACCUCUUCUAAAACAUGUGCUCAAUAGUUCUUUGUACAAGAUGGUAAAACAUAUGUGCUUGUUAUCUACCAGAUGGUAAUGUUUAAUUCAUUGUAAAAUAUGAAGUGAACAGUAAGGACAAAUAUCCUAAUUGAAACUGCAACAGGAGUGAAAACUGUAUUCUUACCUUGCUUUAUCUUACCUUACUCGUGUAGGAGUUUAAAACAGCAGUACUCCCAAAAUAUAUAUAUUUUUACAUUUUAUGGGGCCACAUUAUACAGAUUCAGUUAUUGUCACAUUAAAUAAUAUGAGAUUCCGCUGUUUUAUUUAGGGAAUGUGUUUGAUUCAGAUUUCCCUUAAUUUGGUUUUCUCAUGGUUAUGACUAUGUUGUUGCAGGGAACGAGUCACAACAUUAACUUAAUUAUUGAAUAACCUUACAUUAACCUAUUCACUUUAUAGGUAUACUGCUACAAUGUCAGAACAUAUCCUUUAAUGUCAUUUGGAGUUAAAUUAUUAAAUUGUAUAGCUUAUUCACAUAGGAAUACUGCCACAGUGUCAUGAUAUAGGCUUUAUGGAAUUUGGAGUUAAAUUGAGUGGAACAUAACAUCAUGAAUAGCACAGGGAAAUUCCAUUCAAAGGUCAACCUUACCAUGAAAAUGUAAUAUUUUCACUGUACUGAUAGCUCAGAUGUCUCUCUUUGUCUAAAGCCUUAUCAUAUUUUUAAAGUAUGAUUUUCCAUAGUUAGGUAAGUGCGGCUUUCAGAAUUUUCACAUGAUGUCCACAUUCCUCCUAAAAAGUGUUAUAUAAUGAAGACCUCUUCCUUCUCCAUUUGUUGAGUAUUAUUGCUUCUGGUUUGUGGAUAUUUUAAUUCACAAAAAGUAGUAAAAAUCCUUCUUUAGGAACAAUGAAAAAUAUGUAUUUCCCUUCUUCAAAAUAGAAAACGUGUAGACUGAUUUAUUUCUGAUGUGUUUAUCAACGGGGCUUUAGAAAAAUAUAAACAGAGGGUUCAGUUUUCUGUAAUGGGAAAAAAUAUUUCAAGUGUGAAAAUUCACAUCCCAAUCCUAGAAUUGCCCCACAGUUCGUAGGUUUCACUAUGCUCGAGAAAAUUUUUAACCGGAAAGAACAAGCCUAUAUGAGUUAUACAAAUAGUCAAACACUAAGAAAUCUGUUCUGUGUUUUUUUGUUUGUUUAUUUUAAUAAAUAUUUUAUAUCAUC